UUAUCGCCGGAAAAAAGCGCAGAAAAUAGAAUCCAACCAAAACAAAAGGUAAGCUUCAGUCAUGCAAAGUGUGGAAAUCAGUAUUUUCCGUUAUUUGUCAUCAACGUCUCUCUUCUUACAGUGAAAAGUUCUGUAAGCUAGCGACCACCCAAAAACCCAAAUGCCAAGUUUUACUGGUCACUUAAGAGGUAAACAGACUACCGUAUUUACUCGAUUUUAACACCUCUUAGUUCGGCGCUUAUUUGAAAGGUGGACGAGACAAAGAAUUGUAUUAAGUACAGUAGAAUUAACGUCUUUUGAUUUUGAUUUAGCCUGAGUAUCAGGCCUCCCUAAGGGGCUAAGGGAGAGGAGAUUUUAGAUAGGGGAGGGGGAGGGGUUAGGAAAGAAAGGAAGCUUUUGUGCACUAAUUCGUAGACGGACUAUGCAAAUGGUUUAGACGAGUGCGUAACGUGGGCCGGCUGCUACUUGCAAGCGACUUUUUCUGUUAAAUGAAAUUUUCAUGGUUUUUCGUUUUUGUCGCUGGUUAAGAGAGUUCUUUCAUUUUUUAGGGGUAAACGAGAAAUGACACUAAAUACGGAAUACGUAAAAUCUAUGCAAGGGAUACUCAAAAUCCUGGAAUUUGUAAGUACUUCAGAUUUAGAGUUAUACAACGUUUCUAGAGGUCUAAAUGUAAUAAACGACCCUAAAUGUAAAAAACUCUUAAGAGUAAUAACUUCAGAGGCCUUCUGAAUGUAUUGACGUCAUGCUACCGUCAUCAAUGACGUAAGUAACACGGCAUUAAAGGGGUUCUCUUCAUCUUGUUAAUGUUGCCAAUUACUUAUUUAUUCGAAUAAGCGUCGCCCUCUAAUAAGCGCCGCAUUUGCCAGAAAAAGUUAAUGAGCCCUCCCGAAGUAAAAUGUUAUUACAUUUAGGACUUGGGGUCGUUUAUUACGCUUAGGCCUUCUAAAACGUUCGAUUGACCUCAUCAGUGUCUGGAAAAAUUAGGGAGCGUAUGGAAUUAUAGUUAAACGCCAUUCGGAACAAUAGGCCAUUUGCACUAGGAGGCAUGUGACAUCGUUUUUAUGAAAAUGAAAGUUACAUGAUUUUGCCUUGGAAAAACGAUUAAUGGGUCAUAUCUUAAACAAAAUAAUGGUGAUUUGGUUUUUCAAACCCGAACCAUUUUCUUGAAAUGAAUAAGUUCGUAAAUGGUCACGUGACCAAAAUGUGAUUUUUAAAUUAUGAAUUACCUCUCUCUGAACACAAAUUUUGCACUUAAACUUCAAGGAAAAUGUUGAAAAGAUGAUGUGAUAACGUUUACAGCACAUCUGAGCGUAAAUAUGAAACGUUGAACAAGAUAUAAGCAAGAAGUAGUUUUGGCCGCCAUGUUGGUGGGCAAAAGCAUGCCUUCCAACAUGGCGGCCAAUACAAAUCAUACUACUUUGCUCAAAAAUCAAAGUGCCAUAAAAUAUCUCCCUUAAAUGCGUUUCCUCUCAAAUUUCGGGUGUAAGAUAAUUUUUGUGUGCUCUAACAAUUUUUGGCAUCAGCAAGAUUUCAACUCAUUGUUUAAAGGAAGCAUUGGUCACGUGACCUCUUAGUGCAAGUGGCCUAUUAUCGAAUGAAGCUGAUUACAUGCAGAAUCAACUGAAGAUUUGACUUGGUAUCUUAUUUUAUACUUUAUUUCGACUCUGUAGUUUCCGGCGCACUAUACUGCAAAAUGCACCAGUUGUUUUCAUGAUACAUUCACUCAAUUUACAACCCCUUAAGAAACUGAUAUUCGAUGGGUGGUAAGUGCUCUUUCCGGCAACCUUUCUUUCUUUCUUUCUUUCUUUUUUACAGGUAACUAUGUGCAUGGCGUUUUCAUGUCUGGCGGAUUUUAACCGCGAACUGGCUUUCUUAAGCGACAAAUUUCUAGUGAGGUACGACUUCUUCAUGGCGGUUUUCGUCAUUGGCUGGGUAGUGGUCCUAUUGGUGUUCUUGGUCUUCCUGUUCAGCUUGACGGAGAAAGACUUGACUCUUGCGGUGAGUUAG